AUUCGUGUUUCCUGUUGCGUACGUGAGUAACCGUAACGCGUGGCGUGGUGUGAAAAGGCUUUAUAAAUUUGACAAAAUUCAUAUCUCUGCUUAAUUAUUAAUUUCUUAUGAUUGUGUUUUGCUACGUGAUCAACAUUUAGACCCAUAAUACAUAGCAAUUUUAAUAAAAUAUAUUUAGAAUACGGGAAUCUAAUGAUCGUGUCGUUAAAAAAUGGUGCAUUUACUAUAUGACAUUGCCUGUUGCAUUUCAGUUUUAUUUACUUAUUUAUCUCUUGCCGAAGCGAAUUACGAGUUUUAUCCGUACUUGGAGCGUGGAACAAGUUAUUCGGGCAAGAACAAAUCUGACUAUGGUAUUGAAUGGAGUCCUCAAUGGCCAAGGAAUAUCGAACAAAUGGGCCAGUUAUCAGCAGUCUCUAUAGAUCCAGAUGGAAACGUUGCGAUAUUUCAUAGAGGAUCCAGAGUAUGGGGCUCGACUACGUUUAAUAUUCAAAAUAUAUUUAAUAAAGAAGAAGGCCCAAUUCGGGAAAACACCGUAGUUUUGUUAAAUAAAAUUGGAGAAAGGAUAUUAGAAUGGGGUGCAUACAAAUUUUAUUUACCGCAUGGUUUGACGAUAGACAUGCAUGGAAAUUAUUGGAUUACCGAUGUAGCUCUACAUCAGGUACUUAAAUUUGAUGCUAAAGAUAUAGAAAUGAUGAAAGAUUUACCAAGUUCGAGAAAAAGACAAUACAGUCAAGAAAAGCAUUUAAGACCUUCGUUGAUUCUUGGAGAAGCUUUUGUGCCUGGUAAUGAUGAUAAACGGUUUUGCAAACCAACAGCAGUUGCUGUAGAAAAUAAUGGUGACUUUUUUGUUAGCGAUGGUUACUGUAAUGCUAGAAUUCUGAAAUUCAAUGCUAAAGGAGAAAGAAUUCUACACUGGGGCCGCGAAAGCAUAUAUGGACAAACUCCUCUACAAAAUACAUUUAACGUACCCCAUGCUUUAGCACUUGCCAGUGAACUGAACUUACUUUUUGUUGCUGAUAGAGAAAAUGGCAGAAUUGUAUCUUUUUAUGCAACUAAUGGAACUUUCCACAAAGAGUACAAGAAUCCUAACAUUAUUGGUCCAUAUAUAUAUAGCGUAGCAUAUGCCAAAGAAAAACUUCAUUUGAUUAAUGGUCCUACUACACGUUCCAAUAUACGUGUCCGAGGAAUUGUUCUGGAUGUAAAUUCAGGAGAUAUAUUAUACAAAUUUGGUCCAAGACUAGAUAUGAAUAGUCCACAUGAUAUAGCUGUAUCUCAGAAUGGUACAGAAAUAUAUGUUGUGGAAUUAAAUAGAUAUAUUCCUUACAGAUUUUCACUGAAGUUACGAUCUGAAUUGCUGUCACCUUUAGCCUUAUCUAUUCUUGAAAACAUGAAUGGAGUUGUUACAACAGAAAAAGUAGUCAUAACUGUUAUUGUUCUAGUAGCCAUUGUUCUUGGCUUCUGUAUGGUAGUACUUGCACUUUUUUUGAGGGCUCAAGAUCCAGAUGAGGAGAAGUAUGAAUAUAAAUUAUCUCCAGCUGAAAUGUCAAAACUAUUCGACUAAGAAUAAUGAUUUUGGGUUAUUAAAUAAUAGCUCUGCGUGCAUGUUAAUUAGUUUGCCGAAAUGAGGCGUUUAGUAGUAGUUCUAUCGAAAGUAGUUAACUUUACAACAGUAUUAAAAGAAAUUUGGUAAAAUGCCACAUACUUAGAAAUUAGAAAGGAAAGGUUGAAGGUUAAUAUCUACAAACAAUUGCAACUUAAUUUCUCUUUUAUAUUUUAACAUUCUCGCUGCAGUAAGUUUUAACAAUCUUCUGUACUGGCUGCGCAUACAUUUUAUUAUUUUAUUUAAAAUAGCAUAUUUAUGGAAAACAAAAUUGCUAAAUACCAGGUGUAUGCAGUAUAGAGUUGUUAAUGCAUUAUAUUGUGCUUUGGAAACUAUGCCAGUACAAGAAUGCUGUAUAUAAAUGCAUAAUUUAGUGGUUAGAUGAACAAACACUGUUUUAAUUCUUGUUUUUACU